UCAGUAAUUAGUAACAUCAUCAGACAUCUGAAUCACCAGCAACACAGACAACAUCUCAGACAUCUAGUUUUUAAUAUAAAAAUGGAUUGGAGUGAUAUCUUCUACCCCGACAAUCCUGUAAGAAGGGAAAAGCUUAUCCGCAAAAAUCAGCAGUUUUUUCACCUCAUGGAAGACAACUUCGAUGCCACCAAUGAUCUCAUUACGGUUGUCAAUGAGCACUUGAAUUUAUCCCUCAGUCCAGUCGCCCUGAAUGAGAGCGCUACUGUGAAGGAGAACUGCAAUGUGUUAAUUCAACGCAUUCGUGAAAUUCAGGCUGCAGUGGAGAAGAUUAAUAAUGAUCUGAAAAUGAAGUUGGAUCCUGCCUUAUAUGAGGAAUUACAGAACGUGAAUCUGAAUGUGCCUCUGAGCAUGGCCAAGAAUUCACAAAUUGCAACAAUUGUGACAGGAACUGGUGGGGCUGUAACCGGUCUUGUCAUUGUUUGGUUAAUUAAAUGUGAAAUGAUUCUGGCAACCGUAACUGCCCAGAUUGGUACAAUUGCAUCAGCAACAAUCGCAGGUGCUGUUAUUGGGGUGGUGUUCCUUGGGGUUGGUAUGAUUGUUGAGGCUGUUUUGGGAAGUAUUGAGCGUGAUCAGCUUGAGGAAGCUCUGAGGGAGUAUGAUGAGGCACUGGAGAAAUUCAAGCCGGCGUCUAAGCAAUAUCAGAAAAGUAUAAUGGAAGUCCGUAUAAGAAUAGAAUUAAUGGAUGAAAAAUAAUGUUUUUGGAUUUUUAAAUAGUGAUUUCAAUUCACCUAAUAAGUUAACAUGUAUGAAAUACUUCAAUUUGUAAUUUGUAAAAUAUUGAAACUGCAUAAAUCUUUUUUGAUUAUUGAAGAAAAUUAUCUUUGAUCUUCACAUUGUGAGCUAUUUGAAACAUAUUUUAAACUAAAUGAUAGACAAUUUUUAGAUAGAACUGUUUUUCUGUUUAAAAAUAUGUAUUUUUUUAAUGUCAGAAAUGUUUGCUGGAAUUAAAUUGUAAAUGUACUUAAUGGCUAUUACAUUGUGCACAAAACAUGCUACAAUAAGAUAUAAUUUCAUGCAUUUAAUGAAAUUACUCGAGGUACAGUUGUGUGUCUUUGCAUCUACCAAGUUCUCUUUACUGUAAAAAAGUGUGCUGUGACCCACUUUGUGUAAAUAUGAGAAUUUGCUUUGUAAGAAGAUUUGUUUACUUAAAGGGGACAUAUCAUGAAAAUCUGACUUUUUCCAUGUUUAAGUGCCAUGUUUGGGUCCCCAGUGCUUCUAUCAACCUAGACAAUAUGAAAAAGAUUAACCCAAUAACUUACAC